UCUGUGCAUAGUCUUCCUCGGUGUGGAGCUUUCCAGGAGCUGUGCACAUUCUUCUGGGACAAAUUCCGUCGUUGAAGAUCUGCAGAGAUGGAGGGCCCUCCUCCUUCCCCUUCCAGCUCUAAAUCUACGGAUGGGAGGCAGAUUUCAGCAUCUGACGAGUUUCAGAACCUGACAUUUAUGAGGCAACUGCAUGACAGCAACUUGAAAAAGAUGCAAACGCUCCUGGAAAUACAUCAGAAAAAGGUCAUGGAGCACGAAAAAGCUCUGGAGGAACAACAGGAAUUAGUCAAACUGAUUCGCAGAUCAGAAUUUCUUGAUGCUCACGAAAAAAAUAAACUCCUGGAAGACCUGAAGGCACUCAGUUUUACUCGUAUGUCUGGUGGAACCUGAUGCCAAUCAUGGAUCUCAGAUUGCACGAGUCCCUAAGACCCGGCAGCAAAUUAACUCAGCAAUGGAGGUGAAGAGAGUCACGGUUAUUUCUCGAGCAGUCAAGUAGUUCUUACUUAAACGACAUCCCACCAUGUGUUGGCAUUCGCCAGGGGCCCAGAGAGACGACAGUACAUUCUACACUUCAGUCAUGAAAAGCGUAAGGUCGAGGAGAAACUCAAGGAAUAAACAUAUUUCGCUUCCUCUAUUAACACAUUUCAAUCCUAGUUAUUUCCUCGUGAGUUUUAUCUA